UGGAUUUGCCUUCUUUAAGGGUAUAUAUAGCAAAUGGCACCUUUUUGAAUCUAAUGAGGGUUCUUCUUUGAACAAAGGCAUAUUUCUAAGGUAGCAGUCACACAAAAUGACCCAUUCUCCGCCCAAAACAUUGUUGGAGGGCCCACUCUCUCUAUGGGCCCCCCACCUCACAGGCCCCAGCGCAACUGCACAGCCUGCACUAUCAAUAUUUACACCCCUGCAUCCAUCCAUUUUCAUCCUCUUAUCCGGGGCCGGGUAUCGGGGGCAGCAGGCUGAGCAAAGUCUUCCAGACGCCCCUCUCCUCAGCGACACUUUCCAGCUCCUCCUGGAGGACCCCGAGGUGUUCCCAGGCCAGAUGAGAUACAUAAUUCCUCCAACUUGUUCUGGGUCUGCCCCGGGGCCUCCUACCAGUGGGACGUGCCCUGAAUACCUCUGAUGGGGGGUGUUCAGGAGGAUCCUGAUCAGAUGCCUGUAAGAUUAUUUUUUCAGCUUUUGCUUUUGUUUGACAGGACGGUGUGAAAGGGGGAGAGAGAGGGGAUGGUGACAUGCAGCAAAGGGCCCCAGGUUGGACCCGAACUCGUGGCUGCUGCGGCAAGGACAUCGCCCUUGUACAUGGGAUGCCCGCUCUACUCACUGAGCCACUGGGCGCCUCAACUGGCCCCUUUCGACAUAUAGGAGCAGCUCUACGCCGAGUUCCCUCUUGAAGUUGCGUAGCUGUACUAUGCUGUGAUUCAAUGUUGUAAUUAAGCUUUUGUUUAUCACUGAUUAACAUUUUCUGUUCCUUCUAACAACAUUUCCUGUUUUGUGAAGAAAAGGAAUUUCCAGUAAAGGGAAGUGAUUCUGCCUCCUGAGGAUCUGGAGGCGUCGUCAGGCAGGAGUGUGUCUUCAACUGAGCAAGUCUGUUCAGAGUGUUUUUAUCUGCACUGACGGCCACACUGCAAGCUGAUCCAAAAUGAGCCAGUCCACGAAUGAGUCAACACCUGAGAUUGAAACGUGGUCCAAAGAGGACAUCCACCACUGGCUAAUGACAGAGGUCAAAGUUCAUCAGAGUUGCGCAGACAUAUUCAUUAAGGAGGAAGUGUCUGGAGAAGAACUGGUUGACUAUGAGAAGCAAAAUAUUUUAGACUUAGGAAUAAAACAUGGCCCUGCUGUCAAAAUCACAUCCUAUCUAAAAAGUCUUAAAGAAGGAACACAACAUGAGUCACAGUUCCCAGCUGAUGUGGAAAACUGGACAAAGGAGCAAGUGACCCAGUGGUUACUGCAGCGCGUGAAGGUCGAUGGCAAAAAGGCAGAGAGGUUCCAAGAGGAGGAUGUGUCCGGAGAUUGCCUUGUUUGUUUCAGCGAGCAGGAUUUUGUGGAUAUGGAGCUGAAAAAGGGUCCCGCCGGCAAGAUCAUGAAACAGCUACUUCGACUAAAAAAUGAGGAGUGGGCGCUGCAGCCAGUCAGUCGCCCCUUCAGAUGGCCCUUUAGGGACAAAAAUAAGCAAGAAAGCAAGAAGCCAAAGCCGUCGUCACUGGCGACAAAGAGUAAAGAAACUACGGAGAAUCCUGCCCCGCUGAUCAGAAACACCCUGGAUGAACUUUCUACAGAGGAUCGCAAGUCUUUUAAUUUCCAGCUACAUUUUUACACUGCCUCGAAGCGUAAACCCAUUCCUAAGGGUAAACUGGAAGGUAAGGACAGCAUGGACAUCGCCACAUUAGUGACCAACCACUACGGACAUGAGGAGGCUUUACGUAUCACACGAGAUAUUCUACAAACCAUACAUCAGUGUGAACUCGCUUCUAAACUGGUCAGAUACACAGAUAAAGAGAAGCUCCGUCGCACAUCUUGUGAUGAUGAGGAGGACACAGAGGACUCAGAGAAGUCAGACUCAUCGUCUCGUUCCAGACGUAAACCCAAGAAAAGGAAAGAAAAAAGUCGUUCCUGUUUCCAGAUGAAUGUGAAAAUAGACAUGCCGUGCUUUAAAUGACCGUAUUUAAAGUGGCAGCUGGACAUUAGAAGCGGCUCAAAUUUCUUCUUAGUGGAUGACAAUGACAAAGGACACUGAUUUGAACUUGUCGUCAGACUUGUGAUGUUCUUGAGCACCAAAAGCUCUCAAGAGUCUCUCCCACUGCUGUCCACAUGGGGGCUGGGUUUCACCAUUUUGUUGUUUCCUGAAUGAAAAGAAGGAAGAAGAUGACAGUAGGUUUUUUCCAGAUGGUUUGGGAUCUUUCCAAAUAGUCUUGAAAAAGCUGAUGUACCUUUUUUUAAUUCUCUAUUCCUUUUCAUUACAUUUGAGGCACUCACAUACAUAACACACACUGUACUAUCUUCUUCUUUCUUUCUGUUUCAGUUUCUGUGUUAUCUAAUUGUGUAUAGAUGCAGUUAACAUCUCACCGUUUUCACCAUUUGUACACACACACACACACACACACGCUUACUUACCUACUUGGGUUACGAUGGCCGGACGGUGGCCUUUAUAGGCUAUUAUGGGGGGGUUACCUCCCUCACCUCGAAGAGGGAAUAAAACCAAAAAAUACCAAAAACAAAAAGCCACAACGUCUGAAGCAUUAACAGGGUGCUUACACUGCACCCAUAGUUGCACUGUGUAUCAGAGGAAGUUACAACAUCAGGAGGAAACAUGGACAAAGAAAGUGGCUUUUAAAAUGCUUGUAUUUUAUGUUACAUAGAGCCAUAUCUUCCCUAUAUUAUAAAGCUGAUACUGUAUGAUCUUGAUAUCACCAUGUUUUAGUUUAAUGGUUGCUUUGUGGGAUUUAGGUUUGACUCAUAUGUCAUAGCAUGUAAAGCAGUAUGUGUGUCUGCGUGUGUGUGUGAUGUACUGUGGUUAUACUCACUGGUGGUGACAUGAGCCAAACCCCUCACAUGGUCAGAUACUGUCAAACAGCAAACUGUGUUUUAAAUAUAUUAAAAAUUGUCCGUCGUCUCAUCAUGAACUGGGCUUGAAAGGAUAUAAAAAGAGGCCUGCGGGGUCCCUUGUCUCUCUGAACCAUAUUUUCCUGCUUUGUCUCAGUCAGGAAACGGAUUAUCAUAUAGAAACUUUUAGCUUCCUCUGUGAAACUCAUAGCCGCUGAAAGUUAACUGUGAGUGGUUUCUGUAAAGUGGGUCUAUGCUUGAAGAGCGGAAGACCCAGAGACAUUUGCUCUCCUAAGGUCCCGACUCUCUUGCAGGGCCGUGAACAGGAAGCCAAAGAGGUUCAUGUCAGCCGGUUUAUAGACUGCUCUCCUGUGAAAAAUAAAGAGAUCCAAAUUUAGGUGAUACAUUUCAACAAAUCCAAAUUUAAAAUCAGUUCUGCCUAAUUCAAGGGCUUAUAAAAGCUAUCCAGACCAAUUUUUACAGUCUUGGAUUUUAACAAUUUUUCUUUGUUUUAAAUAGGGUUUUGACUUUUCCCACAUUAUUUGAAUCUGAAGGAAAAGCCUGUAUUGAGGGAAUAAAAAUCAAGUAACAACUUGGGACAUUUCUCUCUGAACCUUUAUUUCUGGUGAGAAAUAAAGCUCAUUGUAGGGCCUUUGCGGGCUGCAGUGUAUCUCACACCACGCCAACACACUGAUGUAGACUCACACACCCCAUAGUGCAUAGGGACCCUUCCCCGGGCCUUCCAGGAGAAGAGAUAGGUGGACCCUUAUAGCUGUUAUGUUCUGUAGGCUAGGAGUGAAUAAGAUAAAAUUAUAAUUAUUACUAAAAUGCACUAUUUUAGCUAACGGGUGAAAUCAAACUGAUGACCAAAUUAAGAGGUGUAAACAAAACUUAUUGAACAAAAUUGAUCAAUUUGAGAUCUAAAUGAUUGAAAACUUUCCUGAAGGGUUAUCUAAGAUGGAGGCAUUUUUUGACAGGCUAUUGCGUGUAAAGGGCGUCCCGUGGAUACCUUUGUUUUUCUUGCAUGCCUCCACAGAAAAUGGCAAACAUAUUGAUUUAUUGAUUGAUUGGGGGUCCCUGUUUAACAACAGCAAAACCAUAUAAAAAUAUCUGUUUCCAGAGUCUUGUGAAACAAACUCAUGCAGUAUAAUCCAGGUCUUAUAUAUCAUGUCAUGUGCUCUGUACUUCCCAAACACAUGAAGAUUAACUAGAACCCUAUUUUUCAAAACUAAAAGUGAAACUUAUCCAUGCUCUCUUCAAAGUCAGACUCAAAGAGUUAUGCCAAUCAUUUAUAUAACCGAUGCCUUUGGCAUAUUCAAGAUGAUUAUUGGGUCAUUUUUUUGCCAUUAAGGUAAGCUAUUAAUGUAUUAUCAUCACAAGAAGUAGGCCUAAUAAUAGUAGCAGUGGUAGAAGGUAAUUAUUAAACUAAUGUCAUGUAAUGGCCAUGUAACUGACACAGUGACAUAGACAGAGACCAGAACUGAGCGCUCUCCUUAAUGUGUUUAAGAAAGAGAGAGAAACAGACAGAGAGGAAAGUAAGGUUGAACAUAGACAGGCAUAUCAGCCUGGUUUGGCAACCUCACUCAGCGUACAACUGAAGGUCCAGAUUACCAGGCUUAUCCAGAGAGCCAUGAAGAUCAUGGGAGUCAGGCAGCAUGCCACGCUCCAGUCUAUCUUUGAGCAAACCAUAAUCAGACAGGCGCAGAAGAUUAUCUCAGACCCCACCCAUGUCCUCCAUCAUGAGUACCAACUUCUCCCCUCAGGCAGACGCAUUGGAGUUCCCCAGUGCAGGCUAAAACUCUUUUGUCCCCCUGUCCAUUAAAGCCUUAAAUGGGAAGCUAACUGUAGCUUAACUAUACGUGUAUGUAUAUGUGUAUGUGUGUGUAUAUAUAUAUGUAUAUAUACAUUUUAACGUAACUAUGUAACUUUUUUUUAUGAUGACUUUGUAAAACAGAUGUGUGUGUGUGCAAUGGGCAGUGUGCAAUUUGUUGGCUGAUGGUAGUCUGUACAUGUACUGUAGAUACUGAGUGUGUGAGAUUGUGAAUAGUGACAGCUCUGUUUGUGGAUUGUAUAUAUGUAGGAACUGUAUGUGUCAACUUUUUUGUGUCUUUUAACAGCAGAUACUGCAUGUAUCCAAGACAAAUUUCCUUCGGGACAAUAAAGUUUAUCUUAUCUUA